UCAGUUUUUCUUCAGUGGCUCCGCGCGUUUCGCAUUUUGUUGUGCGGGCUGCUACUCCGCAGCAGCAGGAAAACUAUCCAUACAUACAUACAUACAUAUACACACAACUGAAAAACUUGGCUUUUUAAUAAGAAAAAAUAAAUUCAAUUUUAUUGCUUUUUUCUCCCGCGCGCUUUUACAAAUAUACAAAAUCGUGCGUCUCUCUAUGUGUGUGUGUGUAUUAUUAACAUAAUGUGCAAAGCUAUUCAAAAUAAAAAAAAGAAAAAAUUAAUUUAAUCAAACCGACUCGACGACUAUGUGCUGCCUGUGAUUCUAUUUCGUUUUAAUUGACAAACAUAAAAGCAUUUGACGGAAGCAAAAAGAAGAUAACAGCAAGAAGAAGAGCAGAAAUACCAACUUAAAAAGCUUUACAACAAAAACAAUCAACGACUUUAUUUAAGCUGUCGCCUUCUACUCUGAAUUUUCCCACAAGAGCUGCAAAAAGAAAAACGCGCCAGGCAGAGAGCACAACUCCCUAAAGCGGCGGCGGCCACCACGUCAAACGACGACGGUCGGCAAAAGCAAGCUUUUCCUCCAUCCCUUCGCCGCGCCCCUUCCCCUUCAACACUAACAAUAACAAAACCUGGUUCCCAAAAAUGGAUGACGAUCAACAGUUUUGUUUGAGGUGGAACAACCAUCAGAGCACAUUAAUAAGCGUCUUUGAUACGUUGCUGGAAAAUGAGACACUAGUCGAUUGUACGCUAGCCGCCGAGGGCAAAUUUCUCAAGGCCCACAAGGUGGUGCUGUCAGCAUGCAGUCCCUACUUUGCUACACUGUUGCAAGAACAGUACGACAAGCAUCCCAUAUUCAUACUCAAGGAUGUCAAGUACCAAGAGCUGCGCGCCAUGAUGGACUACAUGUAUCGCGGCGAGGUGAACAUCUCGCAGGAUCAGCUGACAGCGCUGCUCAAGGCUGCCGAAUCGCUGCAGAUCAAGGGUUUAUCCGACAAUCGCAGUGGCGGCGGUCCAGCAGCUGCUGCAGCCCAACAACAACAGCAGCAACAACAGCAGCAGCAAUCUAAACCGGAUACACAUCAUCGCGUCAAACUGAGCGGCCAAUACACGCUGGAGCAGACGAAGCGUUCACGCAUUACACCUGGUGGCGCUGGCAUCGAUGCCGGUGAUGUUUCCGGCUCGCGUGAAGGCUCCUCCAGUCCGUCGCGUCGUCGUCGAAAAGUGCGACGCCGCAGCAUGGAAAAUGACUUGCACGACAACUCCAAUUCGUCAGUGUUGCAAGCCGUCGCCGCCGCCGCCUCCAAUCAGUCAAUCCUCCAACAGACAAGCGCUGGCCUCGCCGCCUCCGCCCUGGUCAGCACUCAAUUGGCCAGCGGCAGUGGUUCAGCAGCAGCGGCUGCGUCUGCAGGCGGCAAUGCAACCUGUGCCGGCAGCAGCAGCAGCAGCGGACUCAGCGGAAAUCAAGUAUCGUCGAACCAGCCAUUGACCAGCAGCAGCAGCAGCAGUAACGUUACCAAAAAGACUGAAAGCGCUAAACUAACAUCAACAGCUGCACAACAGGGCGCCCAACAACAACAGCAGCAGCAACAACAAACCACAAGCGAUGCCAUUAACACCGACAAUGUACAACAACAGCAACAACAACAACAGCAGCAGCAACAGGAUCAAGGCGCCCAAGGCGAGUCUGCUGAGGAAAUGGAUGUGGUGGCAAGUGGUGCAGGUGGUGGUGCAGCUGGUGGCGGUGCAAUUGCCGUUCACACUGGUGUCGUUAAGCAAUUGGCAUCGCUCGAAAAGUCGAAUCAUAAACACAAGAUCAAAGAUAAUAGCAUAACGUCAAGUGAAAUGGUUAUUGAGCCCAAGGCCGAAUACGAUGACGAUGCGCACGAUGAGAAUGUUGAGGAUUUGACAUUGGAUGACGAGGAAAUGACAAUGGAGGAGCUGGACCAAGCGGCCGGCACCAGUCAGGGUGGCGAAGGAUCUAGUCAAGCAUAUGCAACAUGGCAACACGACAGAUCUCAGGAUGAACUUGGACUAAUGGCCGCACAGGAUGCACAGCAACGGGAUCCACAAGAUGAUAAUGGCCAGCUGGACUCGGGCGAAUCUCGUAUACGUGUGCGCAAUUGGCUCAUGUUGGCGGAUCAGUCGAUCAUAGACAAAACUAGUGAUGAGUCUACAGAUAAACUAACUCCGAGCAAAAAGCCAAUCACAAACGCUGCUAAAAACACUAACAAUGCCUGUGCGGCGAAGGCGCCAACGACGCCGACAGCGAUCAGCACAACGCCGCCAGCGACGAGAACGCUCAACAACAGCCACAACAACAGCAACAGCAACUCUAACAGCAACAACAACAGCAAUGCCGUUGCCGAGAAGACAAACAGUGGCGGCAGUUGUUUGCCUGUGCUGGAUCCAAAGACUCAAACGGUGACACGAAUUGGCAGCAUUGGACGCACCACGAUUGCGUGCAUCACACCGGCGAGUCUGAAGAAUAGUGCAACCAAUUGUAAUGUGGAUGCCGCAUCGGCUGCCGUGCUGGCCGCUGCUGGUGUCGAGCUCGAUAGCAUUGAUGAUGGAAUGACCGAGAUGAUUGUGAAGAUUGAGAGUCCAGAUAAUGUGUCGCUCAACGGCGAUGAGGCUGUGUGCAAUGAGGCCAUCGAUGAUGAGAACACUUUCGACUAUGAUCUGAAAUUGGCCAGUCCCCUGUCGUGGACCUAUGAUGCUGUCAAAAUUGAGAAUGAGGAGUUCGAGGAUAGCUAUUUGAUGGACAAUGAUGAUGAUGAUGAUGAUCUGCUGACAACGGCGGCCGCUACACAGAAACAUGCCAAGCAAUCGAAUGAGAAGCAAAGAACCAGCAACAACAGUAGCAGCAACAAUAAUAACAACAACAACAACAAUGCCAACAGCUCGAGUGGCAAGAAGAUUGUAUUGAACACGCAACAGCAGCAGAAGCAGCAAUUGUUGCUGGAGCAGCAGCAACAUCUGCAGCAUUUGCAAUUGCAACCCACAAGCCAAUCACUUCAAAUCAAGCUGCCGGCAAUACCGGCAACAAUAACAACAAUCACAGCACCACAACAAAAACAACCGGUGGCAAGCACUAGCGGUGGUGCGGCGAAUGUAACCACCGCAAAUUCAACGCUGCUCUCGAGCAAAUUGGGCCUCAAUAUGGACGCACAGAAUCUGAAUUUGCACUGGUCGCACACGGAUGACAAUCGUUAUCGCAUCCUGGUGCAGAACAAGCGCAUGCGCAAGGAGUCGCUGGAGCAUUCGGCGGACAUGAUCUACAAUGCGGACAUUGAGAAGCCGUGGGUGUGCCGCAACUGCAAUCGCACCUACAAAUGGAAGAACAGCCUCAAGUGUCAUCUGAAGAACGAGUGCGGUUUGCCACCACGCUAUUUCUGCAGCAAGAUGUGCGGCUAUGCCACGAAUGUGCAUAGCAACUUGAAGCGUCAUCUCAAUACCAAGUGUCGCGACCGUGAGAAGGAGGAGGAGGAGGGCGAGAAGGAGAAGGAGAAAGAGAAAGAAAAAGAGAAGGAGAAAGAGAAGGAGCGCAAAUUGGCGCCGGCGCCAGCGCCAGCGAAUGCAACAAGUGUCGUCAACAGCAGCAGCAGCAGCAGCAGCAUAAGCAACAACAACGGCAAUAACAACAGCAACAACAGCAGCACAUACACACUGAUCUUUCAACAUGAAUAAAGAGUCGACGAGAGCGUCACAUGUAUUUUAAUGUUGUACAAAGAAACUGGCAACAACACAACUGGUGCGCAAGCACUAAAAACCAGCUGUAGAAUUUGUCUUAGCACAGAUUGUUUAUUUAUUUAUUUUUUUUUUUAAGUUUCUCUGUUAUUUCUAUUUUUUUUGUAAAAGCGCGUGUGCAAUUUUUAUUGCUGCAAAUCUAACAAAAAAAAACCAAAUUAAACCUAAAUCGCAGCACUGAAUUUGUCAUAAGUUUCUAACUAUUUUAUAUGCCCAUUUCUUUGGAAUAAACUGUGUUUUUGCAUGCCCCGCUUGCCGUGCCGUCAAGUUAGUAGAAAAAAAAAAACCAUAAAAGGCGAUGAGGAAACCGAAAUAUGACAAACUUAGUUUUAGUUGGCAAUAUGAAACGCAAAGAUUUUUUGUAUUGUAUUAGCGAAUUCUCAAAAAAAAAAG